AAGUGAACUUUUCUUUAAACAAAUCCAGAUCUAAGACGUAGACCACACGUUGAACCACUUGCUCGUGUGUACCUAUGUUAAAUUGGCUGUUAUCACGGUAUGGGCGUGGUUUGAAAAUCUAGGCGUUAGGGUAGCUCGUACUCUAUUGGCUGCAGUGAAGUUCUUGAGAGGGGUGUGUUAAGGAACCGUCGUACCCUAAUCAGCUGUCAAAAUAUUGUGUGACACUAGUAACAAGACUAUAGCUAUAGGAAUAAGCAUGACCUACAAUAUCUCUACGAAACGUGGGACACAACAAACCCUGGAUCAAUAAGGAGAGCUGCCAUGCAUCCCUGAACCUGACUCAUGAGUCAAGAGUGAGAAGCAGAGGGUGUUAAGAGGAUCCGCUGUGUUGAUCCAUGAUGCCUCACUAAGACAUCUUAUCCCAGGCACGCGCACCGUGGAGAGGCUACCACUUUGAACCUGCGAGCUGCGACCCACUCAAAUACUUCCCCCCCCUUACCGGUCUUACAUUCAAGCACAAUGUCUAGCCUGGGUCAGGACUCGCUGCUGGAGUGCCAGAUCUGCUUUAACUUCUACGGUAGCCGGCGGCGGCCCAAGCUGCUGGGCUGUGGUCACACCUGCUGCUCGGCGUGCCUGGGGCGCAUGUGCGGGAGCCAGUGCGAGGUGGCCUGCCCGUGGUGUCGCGCCCUCACCAGCUUCCCCGAGGGCCUCUCUGUCUCCCAGCUCCCCGAUGAUCCGCAGACCCUCCUCUUCCUCGCCCGGCGCAUGCCAGUGUUCAUGCGCUUGCCCGGCGACGGCUGCUACCUGCUGCCCUUGUCAGCGGAUGCAGAGGGUCCUCUGUUGCCGGGGGAGCUUGCACCCUGCUUGGUCAGAACCAGUCAGCUGAAGGAUGUUACCGUGGUGACAGUUGCCGACAACCGGAUGCUGGAAUUGGAGAGGGGAAGAGGAGGACGGGGAGGGGAUCGGAGAGAGGACCAUGUAGUCAAACAGUCACGCUGGACGACGGUCUGCACAGUGGUCCUAGUUGUCAUCAUCUUGCUCUUUCUGCUAGCUAUCAUUUUGCAAAAUAUUGCUUGUGUCUCCAAACCCUUCACAAUAAUAGCUUGCAGAUAAAGACAUAGAAGAAGUGAAUGGACCUUCCACUGACACUGUGACAGAUACUGUAGAAAGGUUGUGGAGGACUGACUGCUCUGCCUUGUUACAGGGGUGUCCUUGCAGCACUGAGGCCAGGAGAGAAAGACUGUGAAAUAAAUGUAAUAGUGGGCAUUUGAGUGGUGAUGGGAUGUUUUUAUUUUAUUUUACACGAUUGUAGUUAUUGUAUAAAACUUUCCUCAUCAUUCAGUAUACUCUAUGAGGAUAGUGUGUUUAGUGACAUACAGGAGCCUUGUAAAACUCUAAAGUGUGUGAGGAAUGUUUCAUUUCUCUGCUUUGUGUCCUUCAAGAACAGCAUGUCCAGGCCAUGAGGAAUGUGCUCUGUUAGCAAAACUAAAAUGCAGUGGAGUGCUGAUAUGUAGAGACUCCAGCAGUAAUUACACAUAUACUGAUUUUCUUCAUCUCUUGGAUAUAGCUGAUCGGUCAAGUGAAAGUCUCAAAUUUACAGAUAUCACUGCAAUGUACAACACACAUGACAGCAUGUACUACAGAUUGUCUUUGAAAGACUACUCAAACAGUUGCUUUUUAAAGUCUGACUUCUUCAGCUAUCCCAGACGAGCACCCAAUUAUGUUAUGGCCAGCCUGCACUGAGGGUAACAUAAAUGGGGAGACACACACA